AUGUUGUGCAAGCUCUUCGGUUCUACCAAAUGCAUUCUGCUCUUCUUCCUCGCUCUAUUCCUGAGACCUCCGACGUCAGCCUCGUGGGACAAUUCCCAGCCGGAAUGCCCCUACCCGUGCCUGCCGCCACCGACAUCAGUGACUAACUGCCCUCCACCGCCGCCGGCAGCCCCGGCAACGCCGACAGCAGGCUACCCGCCUCCACCACCGGGCACGCCGGGAUACUGGAACUACCCUCCGCCGUCGCCGCAGGGAUAUUACCCUUACCUCUCUACACCGCCCCCUCCUAAUCCAAUCUUGCCAUGGUUCCCUUGGUACUACUACAAGUCGCCGCCGUCGGCUUCGGUGGCUCCUCCUCUCGAGAAAUAUUCUCUCAGAAAGAUCGUCAUCAGCAUGCUAGGAAUGAUGAUGUGCUUAGUUUUUAUUUAG